AUGGAAAAACUGGAGGAGAAAGCGAUUAAUGCCGUUCGGAGAAUCAAACGAAUCCGCAUCGCCACUUCUUCUUCAUCGUCAUCGUCUUCGGCUUCGGCUUCAUCAAUUACAAACGCCAAUGUUUCCGCCAAGAAAUCCACCCUCCAAAAUCCCACAUCUUCAACACACUCUCCCUCAUCUCCAUCCCGCAGUCGCGACAUCUUCCUGAAAUCCCCAAAUCAUCUUAGAAAUCUAGUCCACCGUCGUCAAAAAUCCUCUUCCUCUACUUCCUCAUCAUCUUCCUCCUCAUCAUCAUCAUCAAAUAGUUCACAAACCCCAAAUAACACAGCAGCGCACAAAGUCCUCUUCGUCCCCGAACUCCUAGAAGUAAUCCUAACCUACGUCCCAUCCCUCCAAGUCCUCACCAGCAUCCGUCAAGUCCACCCUUUCUUCAAAGACCUAGUCCACACCUCCCCGGUACUAGCCUGGCAAACCUGGACUUCAAAAUCUUCAACUCCUCCCCGUAGAAUCCAUCAUACAACCCCAUCCACCCCCGGUCUAGGUCUCUACACCAUCAGUAACUCCAUCGAUAAACCAUCAACAUCACACCCACGUACCCCAUCCUCCACUUCCCCACGUACAAUCUCCCCGAACGGCAGUAGUAUCAGUAGUAGUAGAACCCGCGAUCUCGAAAUCUGCACCCUCCUCCUCCCCAUCCUCUCAAAAUGGUGGAAAACCAUCGCGCGAAACACCACAAACUAUCGAUUCUUCCAAGUAGAUUCCUGCGUCUACAACCGAUUCUUCCCACCCGACCUCCUAAAAUCCAUAAAUUUCACCAGACCGGCCAUUCACGUCGAUGAUCUGAUUUUAUCGUUCACGAGUACUUAUGCUUUUUUAUCGUACGGUUGUACGCAUAAUAUUACCUUGGAGGAUCAAAACCGAGAUCGGGAGCAUAAUAAUCCUGCCUCUAACUCGACUUCAACGACUCCAUCCGAUAUCGACGACGAUGACGUUCUACCGCCGUGUAAUGGUAGUAAUAACAAUAACAACCAAACAAACUGUUCGGAAGAGAUGAUACUACAACAACAACAAGACAUGAGCGUCACGAUCGAAAAGUUGUUAAGAAUGAUGUGGAUCCCACUAUCCGAGACAUUAAGAAGAAGUAGGGAUGAGAAGUUUUUGAAAUUAAGUGGGUUGAAGUAUACGAGGACCAUGACGGUGACGGUUAAAGCUAGAGAUGUGGAUUAUUCUAAUGGUAAUGGAGGGAGAGGAGAGGAAAGAGGGGUUGUGGAGUUACAUUUAGAGUGUAUGGAGCCUUAUGAUGUUAGUAUUGAGCGGUUGUUUUGA